CAGCUCCGAAACCCUGAUUGCGAAGCUGCCGAGAUCUGUAACGCAGUAUCUGGUCCCAUCUCUCUCUGCGUCUCCCAUCCCCAAGUCACUCUUUUCUCGUCUUGUGGGCAACAUGUACAGAUUGGGUCGCCGUAACUUGGGCCUGGCCUUGAAGGCGGUCAGAGAUACCCCGGUGCGGAGCUCAGUCCAACAACAACAAUUGAGACAUCUCAGCAUCCACGAAUAUCGAGCUGCCAGCCUACUCAGAUCCUAUGGCAUCGGAGUUCCCAAAGGAGAGGUUGCUCGAACACCGGAAGAGGCUGAGACUAUUGCCAAACAGAUCGAUGGAGAUGAUAUGGUGAUAAAAGCCCAAGUCCUCGCAGGUGGCCGAGGCAAAGGCACUUUCGACAAUGGCUUGAAAGGUGGUGUGAGGGUGAUUUAUUCACCCACGGAAGCAAAGAUGUUCGCAAGUCAAAUGAUCGGGCACAAGCUUAUCACCAAGCAGACGGGCGCCCGAGGCCGCAUCUGCAACUCUGUCUACAUUUGUGAACGCAAGUUUGCGCGCCGAGAAUUCUACCUUGCCAUCCUCAUGGACCGUUCCACCCAGUCGCCGGUCAUCGUGGCCUCGUCCCAAGGCGGCAUGGAUAUUGAGACCGUGGCCAAAGAGACUCCCGACGCCAUCAUCACCACGCCUAUAGAUAUUGACAAGGGCGUCACCGACGAGAUUGCGCGGAAUAUUGCGACCGAGCUCGGAUUCAGUGAACAGUGCAUUGAAGAUGCAAAGAACACAAUCCAAAGACUGUACAAGGUGUUUAUGGAGAAGGAUGCCACCCAGAUUGAAAUCAACCCUCUCAGCGAGACCAGUGACCACCAAGUGUUAGCCAUGGACGCGAAGCUGGGCUUUGAUGAUAACGCCGAGUUCCGGCAAAAGGAGGUCUUCAGCUGGAGAGAUACAUCACAAGAGGAUCCCGAUGAGGUGAAAGCUGCAGAGCACGGUCUGAACUUCAUCAAGUUGGACGGUGAUAUUGGCUGUCUGGUCAAUGGCGCUGGGCUGGCAAUGGCUACCAUGGAUAUCAUCAAGAUCAACGGCGGCUCCCCUGCAAACUUCCUGGAUGUCGGUGGUGGUGCUACGCCGGAAGCCAUCAGAUCCGCUUUCGAGCUGAUCACCAACGACCCGAAGGUGACAGCCAUCUUUGUCAACAUUUUUGGCGGUAUUGUCCGGUGUGACGCUAUCGCGUCGGGCUUGAUCCAUGUUGUACAACAAAUGAACUUGAGAUUACCAAUUGUUUGUCGGUUGCAGGGCACCAACAUGAAAGAGGCGGCUGAGUUGGUCAACAACUCGGGUCUCAAGAUCUUCUCCAUCAUCGACCUGCAAGCCGCAGCGGAGAAGGUGGUGGACCUCUCCAAAAUUGUCAAAAUGGCACGGGACAUUGACGUGGGCGUGGAGUUUACCCUCGGUAUCUGAGCCCCCAAUGGCUGGCUUCGCGGUUGAAAUGGUUGAUAAUCACUCAGGGUCUCGCACGUAGGGGGAGGCACACGGUUGUAACUCCUUGGGUGCGCCAUACAACGAUAUAUCCAUUGUGCAACAGUCGACCUACCUGUACAAGUAUUAUCAUCCGUUUCGUCCUAGCUGGGUUUCUGUUCUACCAUCUGCCUCUUCUGGUGGCCUCCUGGGACAUACACACCCGGUGAAAUAGAUGGUACUGUUCACUUAUGAGAUGAGCUAAUCUGGGUCCAUUCUCUUGUUGUUGAUGCAACCUGCUCGCUGUCUGCUCGAGGCUGGUAUUUUGAUUGAGCUUUCCUGUUUCCCACUGCUGCGCAUGCGAGUUGAACCCGCGGCUCAAUCCGCUCUUCCCGUCAGCCAAUCAGCUU